CAGCGCGUCCGUGGCAGCACAGCAGGCCGGCAUCGGCAUGUGCAACGGGCGGGGCUGCAACCGGGAGUCCGCCGUCCGCGCGUCGCUGCUCCUGGGCGAGCGCCAGACUGCGUCCGCGGCCGGCGGGCCGGGGCGGGGCCGGCACUGCGCGACGACGGAGCCUGAGGCUGGCGUUGAUCAUACGGUGGCGACGAGGACGAGUCUGUCGAAGGCGGAGCCGAUGGCGCGGGAGCCGCCGCGUCAGACAACGGGAGCUGAUGCCGAGAUCGCCAAGACGGAGAAGCUCCUGCACUUGCUCCUCUGGGGGCCUAACUGAGCCCCCGACCACCCGUCUGCCAUGUAUCCACGCGUGCAACGAUCCGUGCACCAAGACCCGUCUCAGUAGGGUGCAAUGUUUGCUUCUUCUUUUUUAGAUCAGUAGGGUGCAAUGUUUGCUUCUUCUUUUUUAGAUCAGUAGGGUGCAAUGUUUGCUAGCUGUUCGAUGUAUGAUCUUCUUAGGACUUGCGAGCACAGGUACAGCCUACGGGCAGGAUUUGCGUAUUUGUAUGGUUUAUAUGCGUAUCUGAUCUACUUGGCAGCACAAUCCGAAAUUUCUUGUACCA